AAGAAGCAAAAGAAGAAGAAAAAGAAGAAGAAGAAGAAGAAGAAGAAGAAUCUUUUACGGACGGGAAAGAAGGACCACCAACAGAAACAGAAGAAGCUAUACUGGUCUGAGGCUCAUUUAUGUGAAAAGGCAAUUAAGAGCGCAGGGACAAGUGCUCAUUUCAGUGUGUGCUWGGUGGUGACACUGAAGCCAUGGGACCAAGGAAGAAGACUACUAAACUUCAGUCCUCAGGAGGGAGUAAUGUGGACGAACAAGCCCUGACAUCCUUUGAACGCAAGGACUACAUCAAUGAGCUGUCCCAUGAAGUUCUCUGUCAUAUUUUCAGGUACCUUCCCAUGAAGGAUAUCGUGUGUAUGGAGUGUUUGUCUAGAAAGCUUCGAGAAGCUGUAAGUUUGUACCUGAGAGUAAUCAAAAUAGUGGAUCUUUGUGCUGGUUGCUGGUGGGAGUACAUGCCUUCAGGUUUUACAGAUAGAAGCUUUUUGAUUCUUUUGAAGAAGAUGCCUGACUUGGAACAGUUAUAUGGUCUCCACCCUCGGUACCUGGAAAGGAGACGUGUCAGAGGUUAUGAAGCUUUCAGUAUUCCUGGAGUACUGGAGGCACUACAAGCAUGUCCUAAUCUGCUGGGCCUUGAGACUUCUCAUCUAGAGCUAGUGGAAGCUAUUUGGAACUACAUGCCUCAGGUUCACAUUCUGGGAAAGUUUCGCAACCGAAAUGGGGCUUUUCCAAUUCCUGCUGAGAAUAAACUUACCAUCCCUGUAACUGCAAAACUCCAGACAUUACACCUUGUGGGUGUGAAUGUCCCAGAGAUUCCAUGUGUGUCUAUGCUACGACACCUUUACCUGAAGUGGGUCCGUCUCACUAAACCACAACCAUUUAAGGACUUUUUGUGUGUGAACCUGAGAUCUUUUGUGAUGAGGAAUUGUGCAGGGCCAACCAAUUCCUUGAAAUAUGUUCCACUGGUUACGGGCUUAGCAUCAGCCCGGAACUUGGAGCAACUGGAGCUAGUGAGGGUUCCUUUCCUGGGAGGCCUUAUCCAACAUGUGGUGGAGGAUAGCUGGAGGUCAGGAGGAUUUAGAAACCUUCACACCAUUGUGUUUGGAGCUUGCAAGAAUGCCUUGGAAGUGGACUUGGGCUACCUCAUUAUCACUGCUGCCCGCAGGCUUCAUGAACUGCGAAUCCAGCCUUCACUUACUAAAGAUGGAGUUUUCUCAGCUCUCAAAAUGGCCGAACUUGAGUUCCCCCAGUUUGAGACGCUCCAUUUGGGAUAUGUGGAUGAUUUUCUUCUACAAUGUAAGAUGAGUCACUUGGAGCUGGUGAAAUAUGGCCUAGCUGAUGUCAUUGAGAACCCUGGCAUCAUCACGGAUAUCGGUAUCAAGGUGGUAAAUGAGGUGUUCACUAAUAUUAAAUAUCUGCUUAUCUACAACUGUCCUCACCUUCAUAACCCUCAUCAGUGGAUCACAGAUCACUCCAGAUGGAGCCGUCUUGUUGACCUUACCUUAGUUCGUUGUCAUGCUAUCAGAUUGGAAUCUUUCUGCCACUUUGUAGAGUUACUUCCCUGUUUGGAGUUCAUMUGCUUGGACCAAAUGUUCAGAGAGCCUCCUAAGGGCUGUGCCAGAGUGGGUCUGAGCGCAGGAACUGGUAUUGGUGUGUCAUCUGCACUUGUGAGCAACCAGAAUGCCAGCAAUGACAAUAAUCAGCACCAUCACCCCAAUGAGGCCAACAUGCCUCCUGCUCCUCCACCUGUCAACAAUAUCAAUAACAACCAAAGGCAGCAGGAACAUGAUGAGCCACUAGAAAUAAAUGGAUUGCAGGAAGAAGAUGAAGAUGAAGUGGACGAGGUUGCAUAUGAGGAAGAGAAAAUGGAGCUAGAGCCUCAUAUAGACAUAAAAGAAGCAGAAGAUGGAAUAGGGAUAGAAAAUAUGGCAGGCCCCAUUUGUCAAGCUGGAACGUCACAACCUCCUGAUGAGGAACAAGCAGGUCCCAGUGGUGUGAACCAUCAGUGUAGAACUGCUAGUGCUGUUGCUCCUAAGCUUCCAUCGGCUGUCUCGGACUCUGAUAGUGAUGAAGAGGAAGGUCUCGUUUCCAGGCUGAUACCACCUGCCUGUUUGCAGGAGCCAGCAUCCUGUGCAAAAGGUAAAGGAAAGACUCCUCUGCGACGAUGCAAAAGCGUUCCUGUCUCUGAUCAGGGAAAGGCUCAGGUGACACAGAGCACCUGUGAGAAGAGCUGUCAGGUGACCAGUGAACAGAUCAAGGCAGACAUAAAGGCUGCUACAGAGAACUGCAGGAGAUCUGGAAAUAAAGAAAAGACCUCUGAGAUUGUUGGGGGCACCGUGAGACAAAGGGCUGACAGUGGGCAAAUUCAAAUCACUGGCAGUACUGGGGCAGCAUCAAGCAGCAGAACAAGACCUAUAACUGGAUCUUUGAGCAGGGUUGAAGCUGACACAGCUCCCUCCGGACAUGUGGAUGGAUUUGGGCGKAUAACUAACCAGAACACCUGCAGACCAACCACUUACAGAUCUACUUCAUGCAGUAGGACUGAAUGUGCCAAGUCUGACAUGGAGACCGAGGACAGUUUCACAAGUGAGAAAGGGGAGAUUGCUGGUCCUGUCAGUGUGGGAUGCAUGACAUCAGGCUGUUCUUCUACUGGGACAUCAGCACAGCAGGAAAGACACGGAGGCAGACAGCCAACCAGUGCUGGGAUACCGUCUGAUAUUUGUUCCCAGCAUAAUAAGGGCGGUCAGGACUUUGUUCCAAGGCGGCCUUUAACAAGAUCUUGCACCCACACAUCUUUGGAGUCUUUGGAACCUACAUCAGAUCUUUCAAAAGCCAGGCCUCGAGUAGCAGUAAGGAGGAAACGGAUGGCUGACAAAUCAACCAGCACCUCUGACCCAGUCACUGAGGAUGAUCAUAUACAAGUUUUGUCUCUGAAGAGUAAGAAUCUGGUGGGCAUCACUCUGACCAACUGUGGAAUCACGGACCUGGUCCUCAAAGACUGUCCCAAAAUGAUGUUCAUUCAUGCCACUAGAUGUCGUGUUUUGAAGCAGUUGAAAAUAGAAAGGGCCCCCAUAGUCAAUAGAUUUGACUUUGCUCAAUGUAAGAAGCUUGACAUGGACCAGGUUCUGGAUCAGAUACUAAGAAUGCCACCUGAGAGAAACCGUAUUAUCUACAUGCGUCCUAUGCAUCAGAUUGACUCGAUAGCACUGGAGCGUCAGCUUUUCCAGGGACCAUAUCCCUAUCAUAUUGCUGUUGUGCAUGAAUUCAGCAACCCACCAAAUAUACACAACAAAGUUCGCAUUCGGAGCUGGAUGGACACAAUAGCUAAUAUUUGCCAAGAGUUGAUAAAGUAUGAGUUUUUCCCAGAAACCACAAGAAAAGAUGAUGUGAAUAUGUAUCCCAAAUACCCAUGGGGCCGGGACAUCUACACACUGGAGGGAAUUGUUGACGGAGCUCCGUACAGCAUGAUAACAGAUUUUCCCUGGCUAAGGACACUGAGAGCAGCUGAUCCCAACAGCUACGCCCGCUGUGACUUUGAGGAUGAUGAAAGCACCACCAUCUAUGCUCCGCGGCGCAAAGGGCAACUGUCGGCUGACAUCUGCAUGGAAACGAUUGGUGAGGAGAUCUCAGAGAGCAGGCAAAGCAAGAAAGGAGUUUUCCAAAGAGUGGUAGUUCUCUUCCUUCAUCACUGUGAUAUGCCCGGAGAGCCUGUGGAUGAUGACUAUAUCUAGAUGUUGAAGAAUUCUCACCUUCAGGGUUCUGACCUAAAGACGUCUCAAAUAUAAUUGUAACUUUGGAAAACAACAGGUCUGGCCUUUGUCUCUCCUCAUAAAAUUGAAUAAGAUGGCUGAAUGACUUUAUGUAAAAAAAGAUGCACCAGCCAGCAGAUGUUAUGGGGGAAAGUAGUUUGUGUUGAACAACUGAAGUACUGAACUUACAACUUUGUUUACAUCCAGAUAAAAUUUAAGGUUAAAACUGAAUGUUUUCAAUGCUGAUUAUGUUUUUAGUUAUUCAUCCUAGCUUACUGAAGACGCUGCAGUAAAACAAUAAAGCUAAAGCUGCUGGUAGUAAAAAAGUGAUCCUCUGGUAUAAAAUGACAUGCAGCAAAGGAUGAUACUUAAGUUGCUCUGAUCUUACUUCCUACUUGAAAAUUAGUCUUUGAUCUAUAAUCUAUAUUUUUGUUCGGAGGGGGGGGGGGGGGGGGAUGUCCCUCUUUAAGAUUUUUGAUAUUUUAAAAUGCUGAGGCCAUGAUUCAAAGUUGAAUCAUGGGGAAGUUGGAAACCUGAAUAUAAAUUGACUUUGUAGAUUUGUUUGUUUGUGUAUGUUUGGACUCAUAAUUAAGGUCAUUCUUGGUUACAGAAAAUGAUUACAGUGGUGAUUCAACCCUCUUCUCAUCGAAACCCUUAACUUGGAACAAUACAGUUUUUUUUUUUAAGGUUUCUAGAGUUUCUCAGUUUUUCUAUUGAAUCUGGCUUUUGACUCAUUUUCCAUUGGAUGUUUUUACUCUCAAAUUAUUAGUUAUUUAUUAAUAGAAAACACUCUUAAUUUCAAGAGAUGAACCUGAGUUGACCCCCCCCCUCCCCCCCCACUAGAUUCAAGAUUUUUCAUUCUCAUUGCUGUGUUGAGAUUUAAUGGCCUUUUGAAAUAAAUCAUGUUAAAAGCCAUAUAAACAGUUUUUUUCCUGAACAUA